GCGUCUCAUCACCGUGCUCGCGUCCCUCUCUGGGUUGGGCUUGGGGCUCCCCAUCCUUCCCAACCAAAAGAAACUGAGAGAAAGCAAAAAAGGAAAAAUAAAAAAAAUUCAUCUAAAUUCAGCUCAGAGAUAGAUAGAUAGAGGGAGGGUCUCCAUUUGAAUCUCUAGAUUGCAGUACUUUGCAGCUCUGGUUCGAUCUCUCGGAGUCGCUACUCGCUAAUGCGAUGCGCUUCUGAUUGUUUCAUGUCUCACCAUAACAAGCGCCCGAACUGCAACGCCAGCAACAGUAGCAGCAGCAGCGGAGGCUCUUUCUCGAGCAUGAAGAAGGCUAAGUCUCAAGCUGUGGCUUGCUCUCUGGAGAAGAAUGGCCUCCAGCAGCAGCAGCAGCAACAGCAGAACCAUGCCCAGCACCAUCUUUUUGACGACGACGAUUCUUCUAUGAUUGUCGACGAUGAUAUCAAGGUCGACGCCGUUGAUGCAACUCCAAUAGCUCUAGGCGUUGGCUCUAGCGGAACCCCUCACGGGGUUGCUGCCAAUUUGUCGAGAAAGAAAGCAACGCCCCCUCAACCAGCCAAGAAGCUCGUUAUCAAGUUGGUUAAAGCUAAACCGAAGCUGCCAACAAAUUUUGAGGAGGAUACCUGGGCAACAUUGAAGUCAGCCAUUAGUGCCAUAUUUCUGAAGCAGCCAGACUCUUGUGACUCUGAGAAGCUUUAUCAGGCUGUUUGUGAUCUUUGCCUCCACAAGAUGGGAGGAAAUCUUUAUCAACGAAUUGAGAAGGAAUGUGAAUCACACAUUUCGGCUGCACUACAAUCUUUGGUUGGCCAGAGCCCAGAUUUGGUGGUUUUCUUGGCUCUUGUAGAGAAAUGCUGGCAGGAUCUUUGUGACCAAAUGUUGAUGAUUCGUGGUAUAGCUUUAUAUCUUGACAGAACAUAUGUAAAACAAACCCCAAAUGUGCGUUCAUUGUGGGAUAUGGGGUUGCAACUGUUUCGCAAACAUCUCUCUUUGUCUUCAGAAGUUGAGCACAAAACAGUCACGGGCCUUCUGAGGUUGAUUGAAAAGGAAAGAUUAGGUGAAGCAAUUGAUAGGACGCUCCUCAAUCAUCUUUUGAAGAUGUUUACUGCUCUAGGAAUUUACUCAGAAAGCUUUGAGAAGCCAUUUCUUGAGUGCACAUCUGAAUUUUAUGCUGCUGAGGGUGUGAAGUACAUGCAGCAGUCAGAUGUUCCAGAUUAUCUGAAGCACGUGGAGCUGAGGUUGCAUGAGGAGCAUGAAAGAUGCUUACUCUAUUUGGAUGCAUGUACGAGGAAGCCACUGGAAGCUACUGCAGAAAGACAACUUCUUGAGCGCCAUACCUCCACAAUUCUUGAUAAGGGAUUUACAUUAUUGAUGGAUGGGAACCGUAUUGAGGAUCUUCGGAGGAUGUAUACACUAUUUUCAAGGGUUUCUGCUCUUGAAUCUCUAAGGCAGGCUCUUAGCUCUUACAUCCGGGGUACUGGGCAGGGCAUUAUUAUGGAUGAGGAGAAGGACAGAGAUUUGGUGCCUUCUCUUUUGGAGUUUAAGGCUUCUCUUGAUACAAUAUGGGAAGAAAGCUUCUUCAGGAAUGAAUCCUUUUGUAACACCAUAAAGGAUUCAUUUGAACAUCUAAUUAAUCUUCGUCAGAACCGACCUGCUGAGCUGAUUGCAAAGUUUCUGGAUGAAAAACUUCGUGCUGGUAACAAAGGAACAUCUGAAGAGGAGUUGGAGGGCACACUUGAUAAAGUUUUGGUUUUAUUCCGGUUUAUACAAGGUAAAGAUGUAUUUGAAGCAUUUUAUAAGAAGGAUCUUGCGAAAAGGUUACUGCUGGGAAAGAGUGCCUCUAUUGAUGCAGAGAAGUCAAUGAUAUCCAAGCUGAAGACAGAAUGUGGUAGCCAGUUCACAAAUAAACUUGAAGGGAUGUUCAAGGAUAUUGAAUUAUCAAAAGAGAUAAAUGAGUCAUUCAAGCAGUCAUCCCAAGCUAGGACAAAACUCCCUUCGGGUAUUGAAAUGAGUGUCCAUGUCUUAACAACUGGGUACUGGCCAACAUAUCCACCGAUGGAUGUACGGCUUCCACAUGAACUGAAUGUAUACCAGGACAUUUUCAAGGAGUUCUACUUGAGCAAAUACAGUGGAAGGCGCUUGAUGUGGCAAAAUUCUUUAGGUCAUUGUGUAUUGAAAGCUGAAUUCCCAAAAGGCAAAAAGGAGCUGGCAGUUUCACUAUUUCAGACUGUUGUCUUGAUGCUAUUCAAUGAUGCCCAAAAGCUUAGCUUUCAAGACAUAAAGGAUUCAACAGGUAUCGAGGAUAAAGAGCUAAGGAGGACUCUGCAAUCACUUGCAUGUGGAAAAGUUCGUGUGCUUCAAAAGUUCCCCAAAGGGAGAGACGUGGAGGAUGAUGAUUCAUUUUUGUUCAAUGAAGAAUUUAGUGCUCCUCUGUAUCGUAUAAAGGUAAAUGCCAUCCAGAUGAAAGAGACAGUGGAGGAGAACACAAGCACUACUGAAAGAGUUUUCCAGGACCGUCAAUAUCAGGUUGAUGCAGCUAUUGUUCGAAUAAUGAAGACAAGGAAAGUGCUAAGCCAUACACUUUUGAUAACUGAACUCUUCCAGCAGCUCAAAUUUCCAAUAAAGCCAGCAGAUUUGAAGAAAAGGAUUGAAAGCCUUAUUGACAGGGAGUACCUGGAGCGGGACAAGAACAAUCCCCAGAUAUACAAUUACCUGGCGUGAUUUCAUCAUGCUGUCAGUCGGGUUUGCUCUUUUCCUUGUAAAUGGUGCAGGGGGGGAAUUGCUGUCCACACUGGGAGGCAAGAUAUUCAUGGGUUCAUCCAUCUUCAGAUUUAUGUACAGGAACAAGUAGUUUUAGUUUCAUUUUCUUUAAACACUGUAAAGUAUUUCUCUCUGUUCGCCACAAUUUUUCUAGUUGUGGAUUCAACCACCUUAAAGGUGAAGAAAGGAUGAUUCCUCGUCUAUAGUAGUAUAUUUAUUUUAGUGAAGAACAGUUCGCCUUUUACUGGUUU